CACUUGAUGCAGCAACUAAAGGAAACCGUUAUAUUAACUCUUGCCUAAGAUUGAACGAGGAAAUGAAAGGAAUUGAUAAUCUUUCAACACAACUUUUUUCGUUCAUUGCCUUGAACCAGCAUCCUGGACACUUUGCCUUGCUCCAUGUGAUGAAUCAGUAUGACCGUGUAGAACCAGUCCAGAUAUCGCGUUGGUAAUGUAUGUUCUUUGUUAUUCCUUGAUACUUUGAAGAAAAAUCAUCCGAAGAAAUGUAGAUGCAUUGGACUCGGCUGUAAACAGGCUAGUUCGUUUCCCAUGAGUAGAUCAGUCUCGAUGAACAACAUCGACUAGGUGAGCUGCACAAAUUUAUUGGUUCCACCACUGGUACUUUAUUUACGAGUGAGACGCCAGUUGAACUCUUGGUUCUUUGGAAGUUUCAAGAAUGAGAAUUUAUGUAAUUGAAUGAAUUGCAUUGCCCAGAGAAAGCUUUCACCAUUGUUGCUUUUCUUUACCUUUUAAAAGACAAGUUUUACCUCACAAGAUCAUUUGUAUUAUUUGUUCUACUGUUAUCCAUUUUACAUAAACCUUAUUUGGUAGAGUUGUUAUGUGAAGGACUAUUUAAUGUC